UCUGCGCGUUCCCCAUUUUCUGUGCCGCAUUCUCCUCCCUCUUAACCCUAGCUCAGCUAGUUUGAUAUGGUAUCAGAGCGGUUACUGAUCCAGUAACCUUUCAUGGCGACUCCACCCAAUACUCCUGGAGGAGGCAUUCCUUUUGGUUCUUUUUCUGGAAUGAGCUCAGGCGUAGCAGGAGUCUCUAACAACAACAACGAACGCCCAGAUCCCCAAUUUGGUAAUCCCUUCUAUAUCAACCCUAAUGAGAAUAUUUCUCAAGCUAUAGUCUCAGAAGUACUCGAUGGUCCUAAUUAUCAAAUGUGGCAGCGAGCCAUGAGGAUGGCACUCAAAACCAAACACAAGAUCGGGUUUAUAGAUGGUUCAAUUGUGUCUCCAGGAGUUGGAAACCCUAAUUAUAGUACUUGGGAUGCCUGUAAUACUCUUGUACUGUGCUGGAUUCUGAAUUCUGUGGACAAGGAGAUAAGAAGAAGUGUUAUGCAACAUGAUGUUGCUCAAACCUUAUGGGAAGAGCUCAAAGCUCGUUUUGGGUAUGCUAAUGCAAUUAAACUUUCUAAUCUGGGUGAUCAAAUUAUUGCUUGCAAACAAGGAACUAUGAAUGUCACUCAAUACUAUACUGCUUUAAAGGGUUUAUGGGAAGAACAUUUGCAGUUCAAUCCUAUUGUGGACUGUAAUUGUGCUCCUCAGAGGACUCAACCUUGUGCUGCAGUUGAAGCCUUCAAGCAGAAGCAGGAAACAUAUUACCUCAUCAGGUUCUUGAAAGGUCUUCGCCCUGAGUUUGAUGUUGUUCAUACUCAGAUCUUGAUGAUGAAGCCUUUACCCACAGUAGAGGUAGCAAUCAAUGAUGUGCUACAGCAUGAGCAGAAGCUGAAGGCAGAUAAAAGUGUUACCAGGGGAGUGCAAUCAGUUGCUCUAGCUGAACUAGGUGACAAUCCAGAUGAGAAGAAGUUCUGUCGUUACUGCAAAAAGGAGGGUCAUGUUAAGGAAGAAUGCUGGAAGCUGAAAAACAAAAAGCUUAGGAUGGCUGGGGGAGUAGCUGCUGCUGUUAAUCAAGGAGAGCACUCUAAUGAAAGUGACUCAACUGGUUCAGACCCUAAACACAGCUCAGACUCUAGGAGUGUUUCAUCCAAGGAACAAGUUCAAUUUUCUUCUGAAGAACUCAACAAGUUGAAGUAUCUGUUGCAGUCAAUUCCAUCUCCUAGUCCCUCUCCACCAGCAUCACCUUCUGUCAAUCAUUUGGCUUUUUCUGUUGCUCACAGCAUGUCUCAGUUCCCAAGUCAUGCUCUCAUCAUUUAUGCAUCACAAGGCAGAACAUCUUGCUCAUACUUGGAUUUUGGAUACUGGGGCAUCUGAUCACAUUGCCUGUAAUAUUGCUUUAUUUGCUGAAGCCUUAGCAGUUAAGGAUCAAUUUGUCUAUAAACCUAAUGGGACUAAGGUUGUAGUUAGUCACAUAGGAAAGGUUAAGUUAUCCCCAGACCUUACCUUAGACAAUGUCCUUCUUGUGCCAAGCUUCACUUUCAAUCUCAUUUCAGUUAGUAAACUGACAAAUGAUCA